AUGUCUGACACUCCACGCUCUGACAAGUCCGAGACGAGGUUCAGCACCCCGGUGUCUGAACUCGACGACCACCGCCGCCAGCCCCAGUCCAUGCCUCGCGCUGACUCGCCGCCUCCUGCUCGUUCGCGCCGACCAACCUUUGCUAGCAUCAACGGCCAGAUCGACCGCCCGAACCUGCUCAUCCAAGUCAACGAAGCUCUCGAGGCAGGUGGAAUCACUGCUCGCGAUUUCGAGGAGAACGCCGUGGUUGAUGAUGAUGGUCCGUACUUGUCCCCUGAGGGCUACGGCCGUCGUGGCUCUGUCCAAGCCCAUAGCCCAUCACAGCGUCGCGACACUUUCAGGCGUCCUCGCGACCCAGCCAUCGAGCGCCUCGUCAGGUCUCGCGCGUCCUCUACGACAUCGCGCUCGACGUCCCCUCCCAACUCUGUGGACGCGUUCGCUGGUCCUAACCGCCGCCGUGAGCGAGCAAACACUGCCAACAGCCGUCCUCCGUCUUUCGUCGAGCUGAACCUUCAGAGGACGCACUCCCGGGCUACCGCACGCCGCCCGACCAUCAGCGAUGAGCGCCCUGAGGACGUGAAGAGCAUCAAGACUGUAUCAGCCGCCAGCUCUGCCGAGGAGGACGUGUGCUUUCCCGUGGAGGAGGACUUUGGAAAGACAACCCGCUUCGACUACGAAGAGCUGGAGGAGUUUGUCGCAGAGUGUCAGGAGAGGACUCCAAUUGCUCAGGACUUGCGCCACAAGCCCAGCGUUGCAUCUCAGAUGUCCAAGAAGAUUUUCUCAGACCUUCGACCAAAGUCCAGCCAGACCAACCGCAAGGACGACAUUGAGACUGCUACUCUGAAGAAUGUCGACCCAGCCAUCCAGGAGAAGCUUGCAGAGGAGGGCCUGGCGCACAUGUACAACGAGAACAACAAGGACGUUUCUGGCCUCUCUGGGAACCGCUUCACAUUCUUCUCUUCCGAGAUGGACGACACAAUCCACGCUGCGGAGCUGGGCGGUCUGCUCAUGCCUGGUGAGCGCUUCCGUGACCUCUUCGAGAUUCCUCCUGAUGGUGGUGUCUUCUGGAUGGACAUGGUCAACCCGACCGAGGAGGAAGUGUUUGCCAUCUGCAAGGCUUUCGGUGUUCACCCGCUUACUCGCGAGGAUAUCUGUAUUCAGGAGCCGCGUGAGAAGGUGGAGCUGUUCCACCAGUACUACUUUGUGUCUUUUCGCUCCUUCUAUCAAGCCGACAAGGAGUCCGAAGACUACUUGGAGCCGCUCAACUUCUACGCUGUAGUGUUCAAGGAGGGGCUGCUUACAUUUACGUUCUCUGAGAGCCCUCACACUCUCAAUGUUCGCAAGCGUAUCAGCCGCCUCCGCGACUACAUCAACCUCAACGCCGAUUGGAUCUGCUACGCCCUCAUUGACGACAUUGUCGACAGCUUUGGCCCUGUCAUCCGCGGCAUCGAGGACGAGGCUGAGGCCAUCGAAGACCAAGUCUUCACAGCCCGCAUUGAGGACUCCCGCGCCAUCUUGCGUGCAGUUGGCGACGCUCGCAAGCGGGUCAUGCAGCUGCUGCGCCUCCUCGGCGGUAAAGCCGACGUCAUCAAGGGCUUCGCCAAGCGGUGCAACGAAUCUUACAGCGUCGCGCCCCGUGGCGACGUCGGUCUCUACCUUAGCGAUAUCCAGGAUCACGUCGUCACCAUGAUGUCCAACUUGGCGCAUUUCGAGAAGAUGCUGAGUCGCGCGCACUCCAACUACCUCGCGCAGAUCUCGGUCGACCAGGUCAUCCAGGGCAACGCUAGCAACAACACCCUCCAGAAAGUCACGGUCAUUGCGACGAUCCUCGUUCCGCUUAACUUGAUCUGUGGUCUGUUCGGUAUGAACGUCCACGUUCCUGGGCAGGAUGGCAGCCCGAUUUGGUUCUACGGAAUCCUGGGUACGAUCGCCUUGUUCGUCGCGGUCUGCCUGGGUGUUGCAAGGAGGCUGAGGUACAUUUAG